AUGUCGGCGACACUGGGGCUCGGGGAAGUAUCCAACAUCAGCAUCGGCAUCGGCAUCGGCAUCUCGGCGCCAGACACGAAGCAGAAGCGGCAAGCGGCACGGACAACGGACAGCGAACAGCGAACAGCGAAUAGCGAACGCUCAGUCUCAGACUCAGAGCUGCCAAGCUUGCAUCGGCCAACAUGUUACAUCUGUAUCCAUUCACACUGCAGUAGUACUGCCCUCCCACGCCACGCCUCGCCUAAGCACUUCUGGAAAGGCGCUAUUGGCCGGCCGACAUGGAAUGCAUGGAAUGGCUUGAACGCCUGUCGACCCGGUUCGACGUGCGCAAUAUGGAAUCGAAUGCCACAAACAGCAAUUCUCACACUUCAAUACCCACAACACGGGCCCCUGCAACUUCCCAUAUCACUAUGCCCGAUAUACAUCCCUAUGAAACGCGAUGUGAGUCUGCGUCGAAUAGCUAUGCGCAGGGAAGCAAGCCAUCAGAGAAACUAUAAACUUCAUAAAAAGAAGGGCUCCCUCAGGGACCUGCCCUAUACUGAGCAUAUCGCCCUAAGACGCCAUUCAUGCGCAAGUACAAGAUCAGUAUCACAUCUCGCAUACGAGCGGCAUAGCAAUUGCAAUUAUGGUGUAUCCUGUUUUCAGCAAGCUCAACCUGCAAGGACACCUGCAGCAGUCCCGAGGCUGUCCAUCAGAUCGAGAUCCUCCCUACAGAAGUACAUAUCCAGAUCCAUGUCAGCCGCUCCCAACUCGGGCUAUUAUUGUAUCUGCUCUACAUACAUGCCAUUGGCCAUUCCGUACCACCUCAGCCUUCCCGUAGACACUACAUCCCUUUGCAGAACAAGCGCCACUAUCACAACGUGGCCAGCGCAGAUGACCUUGCAACCAAGUCUUGGAAUCAAUAAUGAUUAUUCUGGUCUUGGAGUACACUCCAUCCCAGCGCACGCGGCGCGUUCGAGUCGCAUGACAAAGCUCCGAGCAAGAUUACUGUGCUCUGACUCGGCCCGUUCGGUCCCUCCGAGAGGCUUCAGCCAACGGCAGACAUCGACCUACCGACAGUACAGACAGCAUUUCGACAACAUUAUUGCCAAAAGAAACUUCACCUACCAAUCGAUGGCACAAGCGACCGAGGUUUUCUGCAGCUCCACCGCGUAUCCAUGGCACCGAUCCCCAUAA